CGUUAUACAUCCUUCCUUGCCCACGCAGCGCUUGGGGAAAGGGCAGAGUUGGCUAUAAAUACAUAAGAACUAAAUUAGUUCAAAACACUUACUCCCCAUUUGCCUUCUAGCCAGCUUUCACUAAGCGGACACUAUGACUGCCAUUCAAUAUGUUCUUGCCAUCUUUAUCCUCUUGUUUAUCACACACUUCCUUCAAUUCAUCUUCAAGAGGCCCGGCAAGAAACCUGCCGGUUAUUGCCCCCCUCCAAGCCCACCCACACUUCCUUUGAUCGGCCACCUCCAUUUAUUAACCCCAGUAGCAUACGAAGGAUUCCAUGCUCUCAACAAUAAAUAUGGCCCUCUCCUCUAUCUCCGCUUGGCCACUUAUCCUGCUGUUCUUGUUUCAUCCGCUCCGCUGGCCACAGAAAUCUUCAGAGCACUAGAUGUCCAUUUCACCUCUAGAAUAAAAUCCCCUUUUGAGGAUAAUUUACUCUUUGGAAGCUCAACAAGCUUUUUCAAUGCCCCGUAUGGGGAUUACUGGAAAUUCAUGAAGAAAAUUUGUACGACAGAAUUGUUGGGGACUAGACAGAUGAAGAAGUUAAAGAAUGUUAGACGCGAAGAAGUUGUGAGGUUUUUGAGUAAAAUGUUGGAGAUAGGUCAAAAAAAAGAGGUUGCAAAUGUGAGUGCUGAGGUAUUAACACUAGCAAACAAUAGUACUUGCAGGAUGAUUAUGAGUGCUAGGUGUUCAGGGGAAGAUAAUCAGGCUGAGAAGUGUAGAGGGCUGGUGAGUGAAUCCUUUGAUCUGGCUGCAAAGCUUGCUUUAUUUAACGUGUUUGGUCCCUUGAAAAGGAUAGGUACUUGGUACUUAAGAAAGAAAAUUGCCGACGUGCCCAAAAGGUAUGAUGAAUUGUUUGAAAACGUCUUGGUAGAGCAUGAGGAGAAAGCAAAGAGAGAAGGUCCUCACAUGGAGAAUAAAGACUUGAUGGAUAUUCUUCUGGAAGUGUAUCAUGACAAAAAUGCUGAAAUAAGGAUAACCAGGAAGCAAAUGAAGACUUUCUUUCUGAUAUGCGGUGAAAAUUGCAAACUUGGAGGAUAUGAUAUACCCAAAGGAAUCACAAUGAUAAUGAACGCAUACUCUAUUAUGAGGGAUCCAAAUAUAUGGGAAAACCCCAACGAUUUUAUACCAGAGAGGUUCUUGACUGAACAGGACAACGCCAAGGGGCAAAACUUACAGGUUUACCUCCCUUUUGGUGGAGGAAGGAGAAUGUGCCCUGGGACCAACAUGACCUCAAGUUUGAUUAAUUGCAGUGUUACAGCUAUGGUUCAGUGUUUUGAUUGGAAAGUUCUCGGUGGAGAUGGACCAGAUGGAUCGAAGGUUAACAUGGACUCCAAAUCAGGCGUGGUAAAGACCAUGGCUAAACCAUUCAUGGCCGUUCCUGUUCUCCACCGUAACCUAUUUUCUGCUUAAAACCCAGUCUAAACACUUGUUCUUCUUAAGUUCUAGUUCCAAGUAUCCACUCUCAAUACAAAUCACCCUCCUCUAUGCCAGUCAGUGGUUCUGUGUUCAUCUUCCAAGGUUUUUCAAGCUAGUAAGGACAGACCACAGUACGUCGAGAUCUGUCCUCUUUCCCUUGCUUUAUGAGAUGUGGUUGUGUUUAUGAGUGACAAUCAGUCCUCAUCAAGAAUCAAAAGUUGCAAUCUCCAGCGCAAAUCAAGGAGAAAAUAUCAGAGCCAAAUUCAAGCACAAAUCAGUGAUUGUUAUCCAUCCAUCCAAAUCGCUGAAAGUUUGGCAUUCUUGUACAUCAGAAAAUACUCCCUUUUUUUUUUUCCUUACUAUUUAUAGGUAUACAAAUUCCAUCUAUUAUAUGUUUCUCAAAAGAUUAAUAACAAUUGUCACUUUUCACCC